AUGUUGUCUCCGCUGAAGCCGUCGGCGCCCUCUGCGUCACUUCUGCGGUAUCUACACUCCCAGUCCGGAUUCUUGGCCACGCCCUCAGCAUGCGCGCGCCCGAAGCGCGCAUUGGUCCGUGGCAAAACCUUUUCGACGGGGCUAUCUCGAAAAGCUUCGAGCUGGAUACGCCAUGACACUCCGCGGGGCUGUACAGUCCUUGACACGCAAACUUUUCAAAUCGCAAGCCCAAGGCCGCAACGGGCUAGUUCAUCCCCGUCGCCAUCAGCGGCCCCGCCACCGUUGAUUCUCUCGCGACAUGCAUCCACCAAAAGUCGCCCGCUCCUCCGAAGGCUUUUUGACCUCAAACGGAACAAAAACGCCGACCAAAAACCCUCCCGAAGUCACGGUCCGGCAUUUAUCGACGAAGGAACCGAGGGUAUCUUCAAUAUUGGCCGCGGGCUGGCGGCCAAGGCAUCGAACGAGCUGCGAAUCCGAUGCACCGAGUUUGAUAUGAAUGGAAAUGUCACGCUGGUGAACGGGGAGUUCCGAAAGUUGGAGCUGAUUGCCAAGUACGGUCUUCUUCCUCGAGAUUUGCGCAAGAUCGACUCAUCGACUCUGCCGCACAUUCUGGUUCGCCCGAGCGCCAUCCUGAUCAACCUGCUGCAUCUUCGUGUGCUGAUCAAGGCUGAUCGAGUUCUUGUGUUUGACGCGUAUGGGUCGACGGACUCCUACAUGCAGUCGCUUUUUAUCUAUGAUUUGGAAGGCAAAUUACGCCAAAAACAGUCCCAGGCUGCGCAAGCAGGCCAGGCCCUUUCAUACGAGUUUCGCGCACUUGAAGCAGUUCUGAUCAGCGUGACGGCCGGUCUGGAGGAGGAAUUUAAUGGGGUGAGGGAUCCCGUCGUGCGCGUUCUGCGUGCACUGGAGGAGGAUAUUGACCGCGACAAACUCCGGCAUCUCUUGAUCUACUCCAAGAAGUUGGGUACAUUUGAGCAAAAAGCCCGGCUGGUCCGGGAUGCUAUUGAUGAUCUCUUGGAAGCGGAUGACGACCUGGCAGCCAUGUACCUGACCGAAAGAUCCCAUGGCAAGCGACGAGAAGAGCAGGAUCACCAGGAGGUCGAGAUGCUGCUUGAGUCGUAUCACAAAGUGUGCGAUGAGAUUGUCCAGGCCAGCGGAAACUUGGUGACGGGGAUUCGCAACACCGAGGAAGUAGUAAAGGCCAUUCUCGAUGCCAACCGCAACUCACUCAUGCUCCUCGACCUCAAGUUCAGCAUUGGCACACUCGGCCUUGCAACGGGAACUCUGUUUUCAGCCCUGUACGGCAUGAACUUGAAGAACUUCAUCGAGGAAUCUGAUCUCGGCUUCGGUGGUGUCUCGGUCAUCUGCUUCGCUCUCACGGCGGUCGUCUGUGUCUAUGGGCUGGCUAAGCUGCGCAAGCUGCAGCGCGUGCGUAUGUGGGGCGAGUCGGGUGUGGGAGGCGCGUCUCUCACCUCGCUUCCCACCAGACACGGCGCUAUCGGCCGCCGCCGCACGAACUGGCGGGCUGAUUCCAUCGAGCCGGUUUGGUGUGGUCUCCCAGGCGAGGGCCGGUCCGAGCGCAUGAGACGACUGCGGGAGAACGCCGCGGCUCAUGCUGCUUCUAAAGCCCCCGGUCCUGGACUCGGCGGUGCGGCUGCGGCUAUUCACGCGGCGCAGAACUUGAAAUUUGAAUCGGCCUCGAAGAGUACGUCGCACACUGAAGACAAGUCCGGUGAGAACAGCAGUUCUCGCGAGGGACAUGUGGAUCCCAAUCCGGAGAACAAGUCUGCUGCUUAG